AGACUACCACACACGCCUAUAAAUAUCCAUGGUCACCUUCCAGGGUCUGCAUUUUCUAAGUUCGGACCUUCCUCACGUGGAUUAGGCCUGUGAGUCUCACUCAUGAGAGCAAGGUGAACCUGGACGACCAUAUUAGAGGAGAACAGCCCGUUCCCUCAGAGCUCACUUCCCGUCGAUCUGGUCGACUCUGAUCUCGUUCAUCUCGGAACCAACGGACUGAUAUGGACUUGAUGGAUUGCUCUGGGAUGUGACGUUGCUCUUCCUUUAGUUCUCUAGACUCGAUGCUAUCUAUGCCUGCAAGAGCCCAUCAAGACGAGGUUACAAGCCCUCAAAACAUUGUCCGAAUAAAUCAGGAGAGUAGUUGGCCGGUGUGGAUUGUGCAUCAUAAAUGUCCUCUAAUCAAUUUGCUCCCUAGUCUAAACACUCGUUACUGCAUAGUUUAAAACGAUCUUGUGGCGAAAAAAGCUCGUACACGUGCUGAGCAAGCUCGCACGAACGAACCUUGUGAUAGUGACAGAUUGGUAGAAGAUCGCGAAAAACAACUGACAUUUCAGAGACAAGUCGGCGAAAAGUGAGAAAUUGCGAAGCUCUUGAGCUCAGACGAUAAAAACGCUUGAUCGGUCAGAUCAUUGGGGAUCGGGGAUUGGCUUGUGGAUGGAGACAUUCAGGUUCAAUUGUUAAUAACACCAAUGAGAAACGGGCAAACCAAAAAGGGAAAAAGAGACAAGAUGUACAUAACAUGCCGGUCGUUCUUAAAAGAGAUUGUCUCCUUGCUCACGUGGUCCAUAUUGGCGGCUUGCACCGUGGGCCCCGGGACCGUGGUCACUUGUGCUCGAGCCGGAUCCGAGCAAGGCCUCAACUUGAUCUGGGCCUUGAUCUUCGCCACCGUCGUGGCCUACACGCUCCAAGAGGGCUCCGCCCGGCUCACCAUCUCCAGUGGCAGGAGUCUGGGUCAAUGCCUGCGCCUCAAAUACGAAAAUACAUACAGGAUUUAUAAUGUGGCCAUUGUCUGCUGGGUCGUGUCCAUCGCCGUCUUCAUCGGGAACACCAUGUACGAGUGUAAUAAUUGGGCCGGAGGGAUGUCCGCCAUCUACGCACUCCCAUCGGCCGAGAACACGGAUGCACUCAGGAUCAGUUGCUGCAUUGGGUAUGGGUUGGUAGUGUACGUGCUUCUCUACUGGGAUAAGACUGACUGGUUAUCCGUGGGACUGGGUAUUAUCUUGAUGGCUAUGGUGGCUCUAUUCUUGAUUGUGGUCUCCAAGCUUGGCAUGGACGGAGGGAGAUUUGCUUGGGGCCUGAUCCCAAAUAUGCCUCCAGGGAGUGCCAAUCUCAUAUUGAGUUUGGUGGGAACCACCUCCAUUGGGUUUAAUCUCUUCUUGGGAUCGUCGAUUGCCGAAGGCAAAGAGCUGGCGGCAUCUCAGCGAGGCAUUGCUUUCUCCGUGUUCUCGGCCUUCAUUGUCUCGGUGCUGAUAAUGAUUGUUGGGGAUGGAGUCACCAGUGAUGAAGAUGGAAACUUUACGAUCGAGAACCUCGCCGGAUUGAUCCGAGAGACUGUGGGCGAAGUUGGCCUUUGGAUCUUCUCCCUUGGGUUCAUCGCUGCAGCAUUGAGCUCCAUGUUGACUGUUCCAUUGGGUGCAGCACUCACGGUAGACUCGAUGUUCACCAUGAAGAAGAGUACUGAGGCGUCCACCGGUGUAACCAAUCUGGGAGUCAAGGGUGACCAAUUAGAGAUGGACGCACCCAAGCCUUUGGAUCAAGAGCUAAACAAGGGCAGCACUUCUCAAAUAGUGCAACAAGGAUUGCUCACUGGAAUUAUCAAGCCCUCCGAGGCCAACCAGGCUUUGCCUAGGUGGAUCUACCAAGGCAUUAUGAUCGCUAUCGUGGUGAUUGCUGUCGGCGUGAUUUCUGCAGAUUUCCCUACGGAGGAUGUCAUUCAGAUUGCUCAGGUCUUUAACGGAUGUCUUCUUCCCUUCUUCGCAAUCUGUUUGCUUUUGUGUCUUAAUGAUCAGCAAUUCAUGGACAAAUCGCCGCAGAAAUGGUGGUCGAACAUUUUUCUGGUCCUGGCUGUCACCAUCACAUUGUUCUUGGCAUUGAACGUCUUCAUUCAGAAUGUCUUUGGCAAGUUUAUUCCGAAUGAAUCCAUCAAAUUUGGAAUCGCUGGGGGUUUGGCGCCAACUAUCAUGAUCAUUUUAUGCUUGACCACAACUUUGGGCAAAGAUAUCCUCCGUUCAUUCAAGGGACGUUCAGUCACGUAUGAAGUUAAUGAUGCUUGAGCCAACGAAAAGUGGCAAAGAGGUUGAGUGAUUUUUGCAUUCCACUUUCCUUCCUCAUAUUCUGCUUUGUUCCACUCUCCGUGCACAUUACAAAAGUAGAACGAAUCUAAGGUACUAUACAACUACGACUCAACAUUAGAAAAAAUAUGUGGCGGAGAACCUGAUCUCGAACCUCCCUAUAUCAAAUACAUACAUAUAUAACGUUUAUUACAUUACUCAUCUGAUACUACGAAAAACCCAAAAACCUAUAUCCAGUAUAUUACUGUAGCGACCUGUCAAGAAUAUGAUCCAAGAUAUUUUAUCUUCCCCAAUACAGAACAGUACGGGGAGUGUCCCGAAGGUUGUAAAUAAAGAAAUAUUUUAUUCUGA